AUGCCUGAGUUCGUGAGUCGAAUAGAGUACGGGUACUUAACUCGACAAGCAAUUCUCGUCUCGCCUUGGUGGAUUAAACCUAUGUCACUUUCUCCUAAUGUCUGCCUCCUGUGCCUCUUUUCUCUAUGCAUGUCCCUAUACAUAUAUGCUUUCAUGCGUACCGACAUCGGCAUGCCACUUCAGGCGUUCCUUUGUAAGAAGGGAUCUACCUGUAAUAUAGCAGCACGUAUGGCUACAGAGAGGGAGGGGAAUGAGAUUGCUGAAGCACUGCGCGGACUGUUCGGUUUGGUGAGAGGGGAGCUGACAGCAUUGAAAGGGGAGCUGGCCAUGGUUAGGGAGCAGGUGGCCCGACAGAAUGAGCGAGUGUUGAUACUGGAGGAGAGGAACCAGGUUUUGGGGAAUGAGGUGAAUGAGUUGAGGUAUGCACUGGAUGUUGUGGGAGAGAGGAGUGUGGCAACUGCUGCUGUGGUUGAGGAGAGGGAGACAGCGUUGGCAACAUUGACCGAGGAGCUGAAUAAAGUGAAGGCAGAGCUGACUGCAGUGAAGGGGGGGCUGGCUGAACACAAGGAUGUUAUAACAGAGCAACUGGAUAUGGCUGAGAGACGAAGGGAAUUGGAAUUGAGAGAGCUUGGAGAGGAGGUCAGAAAGGGAGAGGAUGAAAUGAGAGCGGAGUUGGCAAGGGAGAGGGAGGAGAGGAGGAGGGAGGUGCAGGCGCUUGAUUGGCCACGUGCCAUGGAGGAAUUGACAGCCUGCCGAAAUUGGCAAAAUUUUGAGCUGGAAAUGUGCAGAAGUGAUGACCGUCAGAUUGAUGCAUGGAAGGUGAGUGCUGACCUUUAUGUUCGAUAG